AUGUCGAGUGAUUUCCCUCUUUUCCGUCUUCCAGAGAAAGCAUUAAAACUUGUGAUUCAAUGUAUGGAGUAUAUUGAAAUUGUCGGAUUCUCACUCGUGUCGAACAAAACUAAAGAAAUUGUCAGAUCUAUCAACUUAAAAAUCGAACAAAUCAGUCUGACAGUGGACGAUGUCAUCAGCAUUCGAUUUGACCCAGAUGAAGAUGGACCGUCAACCAUGGUAUGGAGUUUUUGGCCGAAAGACAACAAUAACACCGUACCGAUUCCGGUUUAUAUGCCGGCUCGUGUGACAGCGAUGCGUGAUGUGGACACUCAGCAAAACUUUGUGGAAUAUCAGAAUCCAGGACUUAGCAUCGAAAAAUGGGUGGAGCACGUUCAGUAUAUAUUCUACUCUUCGGAAAUUGACUACCUCGCAUUUGCCGAUGAAACAUGUAAAUUUGAUUGGAUUUCUCUGAAAGAUGCACUUAGAAAAUUCAAGAUUCUUAUACUGUUUUUCCAAGAUUUUUGUAGUUUGGAGUGUGCACAACUGGCAAUGAGACAUUUCCCAUCGGUUAGAUCUGUGACUUCUUUCUCUCCAAGUUUCAAUGAUCCCAGCCAGUACAGACACAUUCUGAUCCAAAAUUUGGAUAUAUUGUCUCUUGGAUACGAAGAUAUGUCUUUGAAAAUUGGAUUGGAUGACCUUUUAAUGAUGAAUAGUAAGACCAUAUCAAUUAAGUCUCCAACUCUAACCGGGAAAAUGGUGAACCAGUUUUUCAAGCAUUGGAUCAAAGGGUCGAACCCGAGAAUGGAAUUCGCACAUUUUGAAUUUGUCAAUAAUCAACUUUUGAAUAAGGAAACUCUUUUGAAAGGCUUGUAUUAUGAAGACGUACGAUUGAAUUCACCUAUGAGAGAGAACGUAGAAGUUGAUGGCUAUGAUAUCGUUCGAAACGGCGGAACUGCGGGAACAAUUUCAAUUGAACAAACUGAUCAAGGACGCAAUGUUUAUUUUCAAAUUUUCGAAUAA